GCCAGCCAGCAAGCCCUCCUGGCAGCUCCAGUCAUCUGCCUCUCUCCCACCCCUCCAUUUCCUCCCUUACUUUUAAUGGAGCCAUAUUUUCUCGAGUCAGGCUGUGGCUGCUGAUCUGUGCUUGUCAAUACGUUUCCUCUUGUUAAUUUUCUGCUUGGAUAGGUCUUUUUGUUCCUGCUUUGUCCUAUACACAGAAAACUGGAAUGUACCAAAACCACACUAAAGACACCAACAACAACUGCCAAAAAAGCCUUCUCUGUGGUCAAAAGGAAAAGCUCAUCCAGGCUAUUAAAAGAAUCAAGCAUGAGGUAGAUGAGUGCAGAGAAGCAGAAAGAGAGACAUACAUAGAAUCAGUGGAAGUAGAGAACAGGUUUGAUGACCUAGAAAGGGAAAUCAGAGCAGAGUUUCAGAACCUCCACCGCUUCCUGGAUGAGGAGGAGUGGAGGGACCUGGAGCGACUAAGGAGGGAGAGACAGAAGCAACUGAAACAGCUGAAGGAGAGAGAGAAGAAGAUAGCGGGGCAAGGGCGAGACCUGGAAAAAGCCGUCGCAGUGCUCAACAACAAGCUGACUGAGGAGGACAGUCCUAAGCUGAUCAAAGAAAUUCAAGAUCUCAUUAAAAGAUCUCAGGUCAGCUUUGUUCUCCCAGCGGAGGUGGACACAGAGGUUCGCUCUGGCCAGUUUGUCGGUCCCAUCCAGUACAGAAUAUGGAAACACAUGAAAAGCUGCCUCUACCCAAAUAUUACAUCAGUGACCUUUGACCCUGAAACAGCACACCCGAAUCUGAUUCUCUCCCAGUCCUGCACUUCAGUUUGGUUCAAUGAGGAUAAAGACACAAAAGACUUCCAGGCCAACCCGCGGCAGUUUCACUAUUACUACUGCUUGCUGGGCCGUGAGGGCUUCACCACAGGGCGACACUACUGGGAGGUCGAGGUUGGGGGCAAGACGGCGUGGAGGCUGGGUGUGGCAAGAGAAGACGUCCCAAGAGGGGAGAUGUCUGCCACGGGCACCUCCAACGGCCUGUGGACCUUGGCACUGAAGAGCGGCUCUAUCCUAGCCUGCACUGACCCAGACCCGAUAAAGAUCAAGGUGUCGCUCUGCCUCGUCCGCAUUGGCGUGUUCUUGGACUGUGAAAAGGAGGAGGUGACUUUUUAUAAUGCCCUUACCAUGGCACCAAUCUACACCUUCUCCAUGGGCACUGUGGAGGUACCUCUGUUUCCCUUCUACAACCCAUGUGACAAAGAUUAUGGAAAGAAUACAGCACCACUGAACAUCUUUAUCCCUUCCCUAUAAGAAGCUGUUCAGCUGGAACCAAACAUUAAGACAUUUGCAGAAUUAAUUACCAAUGAUUUCAUCAUGAUUUUUCAUUUUUAAAGCACCUCUCCAACUGGAUUACUUAACAUCUUACUCAAAAGUAUAAUAGCUAGAUUAGUCAAAAAUCAAAUUAAUAGUUGCUACAGUGAUUCUAUCAUGUCUCUCAUUUUAAGAUGAAGAAAGUCCCUCUCAUUGAUUAUGCACUUAUUUCCUGGUAAAAGAGGGUAUAAAUGGAAAAACUCAGUUUAUGAAAUAAACACAGGUCACUGCUUC